AGGAGGAUGGUAAACCGUGAAGAUCUCUUUUUCCUUGAUUCUGAAGCAGCCUUAGGUGUGCCACGCUCUCGAGUAGAUGACUCUGGAUCUAGACGUCAUGUUAGACAUGGUUUUCCUGAAGGACUUGCAGAGAUUGUCAUGCUUCAAAGUAGUCUGCUGAUGGGUGGUCGAUCAGAUGGACUUGAUCAGUAUGGGGAUUGGAGACUUGAUGUCGAUAGCAUGUCAUAUGAGGAAUUACUGGAACUUGGCGAGAGAAUUGGGUAUGUGAGCACAGGACUGAGAGAGGAAGAGAUAACUCACUGUUUGAGGAGGACAAAGCUUGGAAUAUUAGAUAAUUUUUCAUCACAUUUCCCAACCGAACUGGAAAAGAAAUGCAGUAUAUGCCAGGAGGAUUAUGAAGCUGAUGAUGAGAUGGGAAAGCUGAACUGUGGACACUUCUAUCACACAAACUGCAUAAAGGAGUGGCUUGUGCAGAAAAAUAUUUGCCCCAUCUGUAAAACUGCAGCAGUCUCUCAAACCUAGAACCUAAAAACUCCCUGCAGCUCAAGUAAUUCAUACUGUUUCUUUGUUUGCUAAAUAGAUUUCAUCUUCAUCAAAUUCAAGAUCCUUCUUUGAUGUGGUGAAGUGAUACAUUCAUGUUCUUGGGACGUUCUCUUGUUGUUUGAAUGUUGAAAAUUAAAUUAUCAUUGAGAUCAUUGUAAGUAUUUUUCGUUUUUAUCAAAACGGUUCUGCAGUUUGUUGAAAACGUGUGUAAAUGAAUUCUUGUGUCACUGUUUCUUUGCA